AUGAAGUCCAUCCUCUUGAUGAUUCUUUCCUCACUGGUCUCCACGUUUGCCAAUCCUGAAGGUAUGAUUUUCCUUAGCGCUGGCAUUAAGAUAAGGCUAAAACAAAGUGAGGUUUUAAUUCACGUUAACUUGGAAAAAAAAAUUUAAAAAGAAGUAGACGCACUAAAAGUUACCACAAGUUUUAUUGUAGACACAAGAGUCGAUCUACAAAAAGCCUGCUUGCGUGGUAAUAUUUUUCUCAUUUUAUUUACCUUUUUAAUAAAAUUGUAAGCAAAUGGCCAGGCUUCUAAAUGAAAUGAUAAAUUAAGCGCAUGACUUUAAGCUUAACGUACGUCUGAACAACUUAGCACAGCCUGUGUUGUCCAUCAAACUCGCCCGGGAAACGCUUGCCAACGCAAGGCAGCAUGCCCAGGUUAUAGUCUAGUAGGAAUGAUUCCUAUUUUCUUAAAUUUAUUACUUGAUAGAAAACUCAAAAUUAAGGGUGGUGUUUAACAAACAUUCCAGACAUUGUUUCAAACAUACGACAUACGUUGCAUCAAAAAUAAGGACAAAAUAAUGCCACUGAAUUGCAACUGCUUAAAGAAUAAUUAUUGACGGCUGAAAUACACUUUCGGAUCCUUGUUGUAGUUUAUUUUAAUUUGCUAUUUUUCCAUGAAAUUGCUACAAAAAAAAAACUUACAUAAAAAUUAAUUAUGACUAAAACAGGGGGAAACUGUAAGGAUGAACAGUUUCCAUGCUCUAACUGCAGUCCCUUGGCUUCUUCAAUUUUGUCCAUCAGUGCCUUUUUUGAACCCUUACUGUUUCAACUUCGGUUAACUUCUGCAAUUUACUGUUCAAAUUCAACUAGGGGCUUUUUAAAUUGCUGACAACUGACCUUGCUUAACUGGUUUUGGGUAUUUUAAAAUAGUCGCUUGACACAUAUUCUUCAAUUCUCUCAAUAUUAUCCAAUAAAUUUGUUUCUCCUACAGAAAAUUUAAACUCCAAGGAUGAUCUCUUUGAAGGGGAUAUGCGGUUUACUAACUAUCAGAAAGCUGCCGCUAGAGGUCUGAUUCGGUCAACGAUUAAGACCAAGAAAUGGACUGGGGCUGUUGUUCCUUAUACCAUCCAUUCUUCGUUAGGUAAGAAGUGACAGGAGCACAACAUCGUAUUCGACUCGUCUUUAAGGGGCUUUUAAGGCCAAGAAAAAAAGAAGCAAAAUGUUUCUCUCCCGGAUUUCUUUAAAAAAGAGAGCGGAGGGCCUUUUUUUGCUUGCUUUAUUAUUGCCGAUUGAAUGCUUCUUUACAAACUAUUACCCUUCCCCAGGGCUAAGUUGAAGUUCUUCGGUAAGAUAUUAAUUAAUGACACAUCAGAUUUGAUUAAACACAAAUUUGGUUUAUUUUGAUACAUGUUCUAAAAACAGGCGAUUCGACAUACGACAUAUCUUAAUAGGUAGGGUAAUCUCGAAAACCCUUUUAAAAACAAGUUUUCCGUGACUUCAUACGUGUGGCGGUACUCUAAUAGAUAAUAGGGAGCUUAAGAUCCGACGACGGCGACGGCAACGAGAACGCCACAAAAGCAAUAGGUUUAAUAACCAAAACAACAAUUUUGCACGUGCAUCACGCUUUUUUGGACAUUUCUUUGCCGUCACUGCACGACUAGGACGUGAAAAUACCUAAUUUCACCAUGCACAGAGGAAGUACAAAAGCGACAACGAGAUUUCCUCUCUCCUUAUGAACUUGGAUAUGGUUCUUAGGAAUUCAACUUUAGGAGGGUUCGCUUACAUUUGACAAAGUUAGACAGUGACUUGGAGUAAUCGCGAUGAAGAUUGAAAGAACGCGAAUUCACUUUUUCCGCGACGUUUUCUCUGCCGUCACCGUUGUCUGAACUUAAGGUCCCUAAUAAUUGCAACGAUCAAUCUUAGCGCGCAAAGCUCUCACUGCAUUGUGUAAGAAGAAAUAAAGAAAAUCAUAAUAAGGUACUGCGGGUAGUUUGGGGGUGGGGAUGGUGGGGAUGAGAGGUGAAUAAGACAAACAUGAUGAAGACGAGUUACAAAACUUCGUUUACUUAUUUUCAUUUUGAUAUAGCAAACGAACAAUGGGCAGUGAAGGCUAUUAAAGGAGGAAUUGCGGAAUGGGAACAAAAGACAUGUUUACGUUUCAAACAAAGAUCAAAUGAGAGGAGUUACCUGGAGUUCUUUUUGGGAAGUGGGUAGGGAGAAAGAUUUCUUGCCUUGUUGAUACCCCAUUUCUUAAAAGAAAGGUCAAAACUGAGCAUAAUCUUUUCUAUAAUUAACUAGAGCCUGAUUUCGUUUUUAUAGUGUAUACUUGUCUUGUUACCAUUGCGCUUGAAUAGAAUUCGGCGAUUGAACAAAUUUAACCAACUUUUUGCCCAAAAAGCAAGGAAAUAGAUCGGAAUCCUUAAUCAUAGUUCAUAUUUCUUGUCAAAUUUUGGUUCCUUUUUUUUAAAACAGAAUAAAAAAAAAUAAUACAAAGCAGAAAAAUUUUAAAAAACCGAGAAACUUAAUGACAUUAUGACAAUGAGUUCAAUCAUCAUCAUCACAAUCAUGACAAUCUUCACGAUCACGAUCACGCUCAACUAUCACAAUCACCAUCAAAGAGUACCACAACCAUCACAAUCCACUACCACAGUCAUAAUCAUAAUAAUUAUCAUAGUCAUAGUCAUAUUCCCGGGUAGAGAAUUUAAUGUGCUUUUCCCGUCAUUAUUGUCAUCCCCACCACAAUCACGAUAACGAUCACGAUCAUAAUCAUAACAAAAAUCAUAAUCCUGAUAAUCAUAAUUUUAAUCAACCAUUAUCAUCAUCGUAAAAUACUACUAUCAUAAUACUGGGUAGAGAAGUUGUGCUUUACCCGUCAUCAUCGUCAUUGCCAUAUCAUUCACGACUUAACGGGAGUGGAGGAGUAUGCAGUCGUUACAGAAAGCUUGUUUUUCAAUAAUAAAAGCGAUGGGUAUAGGCUAAGGAGACAGGAGGACACGUAAUAAAAAUAGACCAUUUUAAAAACCUAAGAAAACCUUGUGAAAUCACAAUACUAACACCAAUACUGUACUUAGUCCAAGGAUAAUAAUAAUAAUAAUGAUAAUGAAAAUUAUUUUUUUUAAGUCAUAAUGUAAUUUUUCCUUUAGUUGCUGGUCAUGGGUAGGAAUGAAUGGCGGAAAACAGCAAGUCUCGCUCGGCAGAGGUUGUUGGUAUACAGGUGUUGCAGCUCACGAAAUUGGUAAGCAGACACAAUGAUUCAACAGUUGGAAACGAUUUUAAAAAGUUUAAUCCAAAAAAAUUAAGCAUUGUCUUAUCUUACCAAUCUGCUGUCACCUUACCAAUGAAGCUUGAGUCUCGCUAAUGAUAAUUUUACGUAAAUAUGGCACUGUAGAUGGCAAUUAACUAGCAUUCAAGUUGGCGUGAGGUAGGCAGAAAAUAUUUAAUGGUUUCAUUAUUAACAGUUACAUUAUAAAUAAAUUGUUCUAAUUAAUUUGGUGUGUAAAUUAAAUUCUUGGAAAAAGUUUGCAGGAAAGCGUGCAUGCUUCUGAUAAAGCAGAAUCGAAUGAGGAUUAUCUUUAACUGCAACUUUCUUUAUCGAACGCGCUAUAUUUAUUUUUAAUGUUUUAUAACAACAGGACACGCUCUUGGUUUUUACCAUGAACAGUCCAGACCCGACCGAGAUCAGUACGUCAAGAUAUUUUGGGAAAACAUUUCUUCAGGUAUCUUUUUUUAUUAUCAGUAUUAUUAAUUAUUAUUUUUUUGCUCCGCUCUUUUAAUUAUAGAUCACACAAAUAGUUAAGAAUCUUUUCCGUAGCCAAGUCACAACGAUGAUGUGAGAGCGAUACUGAGUGAUAUUAAAGUGGUAAUGACAGUUUUAUUCAAUGAACACUGUUUAUUCAAAGUACUGAUUUCCAAGUCAACUGAAUAAUGAGGUUAUUUAUCUGCUUUAAAUGUCUCGAUAAGUUUACCUCACGACCCAGUAGGUAAGAUCCCAAACAACGUGUUGAGUUCAUAAUCCCUGGAGCACACUCCCAAUCUCAUGAUCCACUAUAGUCAAACUAAAGGUAAUGUUACACUGGACGAUCCGCAACAACGAUUUUUAGGGCAACACAGCGUUGCAAUGUUGGAACAAUGUUGUAACCAUUCGAAACAAUGUCGCAACAAUGUUGCGACGCUGUGUUGCGCUAAAAAUCGUCGUUGCGAAUCGUCUCUUGUAACAUCACCUUAACGACAUCUGUUUUCAAUUUUUAUUUUUAGGUCAUGAGCAUAACUUUAACAAAUACGGAACGAAUUUUGUUACUACUUUUGGGACGCCGUAUGAUUAUAACUCCGUUAUGCACUAUUCUCGAAGAGCUUUCUCGAAGAAUGGCCAGAACACAAUCGUCGCACUCAGUGAUCCUAAUGUAAGAUUUCGUCAGAGAUAAAAUAUUGUUGGAUAUGAUCUAUUAUAAUCUGAUGACACACAGAAUUGGUACAUCUUCGCCAUUUCGCGAUCAUGUGUGAUGAGAUAUGCCCCUCAUGAAUCUGACAGCUAAGUUACUGUCUGUAUUUAUUUCCUUUUUUUUUUUGAGCUGCUACAUGACCCUUUUUUUUUUUUGCCAAAAACAGAAUAUAAACACAACACUGUGUAUUUAUCACCUUUAAGCACAGAGCUCAUAUCCUCGUCAUUUCGUCAUUUCCGUUUUUUUUUAACAGCACUUUUUUUUUUAUUCCAGAUUGCCCUUGGUCAAAGACGAGGCUUAAGCAAAAUAGACGGGGAAGAAAUGAGUUUGCGAUACGAAUGCGCUGAUUUGUAAAUGUUUGCUUGUCUUUUUAUCUUUUGUGAGCAUGAUUGUUUUAUUUGUUUUUGACAGAGUUUUGGGCGUUAUUGCGUUUACUUGCGUUUAGUAUAUACUGGCAUUAUAGGGAUACAAACUCUUAGGAAUUAACGGGAUACGGAAUAUUAAGGCCACAAACCAAUGGCAAACGGGAUACUCAGAACCCCCUUAUUGGGGCCUCUUUGGUCUCUCCCGGUCGGGUACAUGUAGUUAAAUGCCAUACACUCACGUCACAUCGCUACGACGAAUUUCAAGGUACGUCAAUUGCCACGUGAGCUUAUAAAUUAGCCGGCCUUUCUAACCUUAUUAGCAUGUGCAAAAUACAUUAGACCAUUUUCGAUAUAUCAGCAUUAAAUUAAUACUUAGCUCCGAGGCUUGGGGGAAUAAAACAAAAGAACUGUAGUUUUCAUUAUUGAGCCUUAAGAUGAUUUCUUUUGUUUUAUUCCCCCAAGCCUCGCAGUCAAGUAUGAAUUUUAAUAUAUCGUAAUUGGUCUAUUGAAAAAGGCUAACUAUCACGAACAUAAAAGAAUAUAUUAAUAGGUCUCCAUUAUGAAAGAGGUCUAUAUGAGUCGUAAGCGAGUAGAGGGUCUCAGCGGUUAUUUAGUGGAAAUUUAGUCCAAGAGUUAAUUAAGUGAAAAUUACCUUCUGUAGAAAUUUAUUAACUACUGAAUUUUGAAGGUUGUCUUUGCCUUUCACGUUUAAAAUUUCGAAAUAUUUUCAUAUGUAAGCAAGUUGUAAGGUCUUGUAAUGUCUGGAGAGAAAUGUUUUGAGAACUGGGAACCGGUUUUUCCAAUUUAGAGAUUCUUCAGGAGGCAGAAGUCUUUAAAGAUCAGCAGACAUAGUGCCAUUUGAAAUUUACUUUAUUAUACUGCUACAUGAGAAAUUUCUGCAAUUUGAUUAGCUUAGAGCAGUGGUAUUUCAGCUUAAUUUGAAAUACGUACAUGUGAAAAUUACAAAUCUUGUGCGGGUAGUAGUAUAAACAAGUAAUAGCACGAUUUGUACGUGAUAUUUGGCAUAAAUACCACUUGUGAUAUUUCAAAAUUGUUUCAAAUUUCACUUGCCUAACGGCUCGUGAAAUUACAUAUAACAAUUUCGAAAUAUAACUCGUGGUAUUUAUGCCAAAUAUCACUACAAAUCAUGCUAUUACCUAUACUAACUUUACGACUGUUAAUAUUGAUCUGCAUUUUGGACGGUUAAGGGUAAAAAUUGACCGUUUUUGACUGUUGACAAUUAACCCCUUUGAGACCCUGUGCAUAUAGUUUCAUUUUUAGUGCCCUUUGAGAUGCGUAACCUUCUUUUUGGAUUUGUUUUCAAAUUUCAUUGUAGGAGCAACUCAGGGUCCUCAGCUGACAACCUUAACGCCAACUGCCCCUUCAACAACCCCUCCCACAGCCCCGCCUACACCCCCUCCUACAGGUAAGUCCAAUUGCAUUAUCACUACCAACACUACAAGCCUGAACGUCAUUGCUGAUAUCAAUUACGAUCGCAUAAAUAAGCUAUUUGUCUGAACUCUGGAGGCCUGCAAAUGGCAUGGGAUCGAUUCUGGAUUCUGCGCCGUGGAUUCUGGACUCCGAGUACUGGAUUCCGGAUUCAAAUCGUAAGCGGGAUUCCUGAUUCCUUGAGCUGAAUUCUCAGGAUUCCGGAUUCGAAAAGCAAAACGUUUAUGGUUUAUCCUUGUUUCAUGGCAGUUAAUCCAUGUGUUCACUGCAGAUUGCAAAGACUCCGAGUGGUACGCUGAUCAGUGUCCAACUUUGGCACAAUACCCAGGGUACUGCCAACACCACCAUCAAUGGACGAAGAAGUACUGCGCUAAGUCUUGUGACUGGUGU